AUGGCCCUGAGAGUCGUCGUUCGUCCGCGACGCCGCCCGCCGCCGCACAUCGACCGCGCGCGAGAGCGCGAUGACCGAGCGACUCGAGCCCGCGGGCCCGUGCCACCCGUGCCCGAAGACGCGCCUCGGAGGACGGCAGAACGACCUCCCGGACGAGUACUGCAGCGCGUCCACGUGCGUCCGCGCAGGCGUCCUCGCGCGAUCGAUCUCGCGCGUCCACUCGCAUCUCGCGUCGUCGUCGCGUCCUCUCAAACCGCGCGUAGUUUUGAAACGUCGCGUCGCGUCGCGUCGCCGUCGCCGUCGGUCGUCCCGGCCGAUCCCCGACGCUCCUCUCUCUCUCUCCCCCCCCGCAUCUCGCGCCGCAGGAAGAGCGGGAGGCCGUGCGCGAAGCGCAAGGACCCGAGCUGCGCGCUUCCGUUCUGCGCGCACCACAGGGAGAGGGGCGACGGCGCGUUCAGGGUCGUCCCGCAUCCGACCGCGGGCAGCGUCCUCGUCGCCAACUUCGACGUCCCCAAGGGCUACAGGGCCGUCUUCUGGGGCACGCGGAAGCGAUGGCGCGACACGGAGAACAAAGAGGGCGGCGACUACGCGAUGGCGUUCCGCUCGAACGGCGGCGUGAUCGACCCGACGACGCACAAGACCGGGUCUCAGCUGCAGUUCAUGUCGUGCCCCGGUCCGAACGAGCGGAUGAACAUGCGGCACACGGACUUCUUCUUCGGCGCGACGAGAGAGGUCGGCCUCGUCGGGCGGCAGUUCGUCGUCACCGAGGACGUUCCGAAGAACCACCAGUUUCUGAUAUGGUACGGAUCGCAGUGGUUCACCGCGCGAGGGAUCGAUCGCAUCGACGUCGGGACGAAGAGAUACCCGGUGUCGUCGUUGAAGAGGACGACGCACAGCUGUGCGACCGCGGCGGGGGCGUCCUCCGCGGGAGACGACGACGCCGGCGCGGGGGCGAAGGGGACGAAGAAGGCGAAGCGGCGCGCGCUCGAGGACCUGAGCAACGGCGGCGGGAAGAAGGGCAAGGCGAGGUCGAGCGCGACGGCGACGGCGUGA